AUGGAUGAGUUUACAAGAAGAGGAAGGAGUUUUGAAGAAAAAAGUUUUGAAGAAAAAAGUGGUGCACAAAAUGGAAAAAAAGAGGAGAAGAGAAAAAUUGAGAAAAAUCUCAUCAACCUUUUUCUUUCGACAGUUCGACCAGAAAAAAACAACAAAAAACAACAAAAAAGAACAACAACAACAACUGAAAACAAUUAUUUCACACAACAACAACAACAACAACAACAACAACAACUUAAAACAAUGCUCAGCAAGAGCACAAGACGCGCUGCUUUGAAGAGUGGUGGUGGUGAUAUUGGGAAAUUCAGUCACGCAUUAAGAAGCGUUACUCUUUUUCUCGUCGGGGCCGACACUACUUUUGGUUCUUCUUCUUCUUUAACUUCUUCUUCUUCUUUGGGUAGUUGCAAAUAUUCGUCGUCGUCACAAAAUCAUUAUUCGACGACGAGAAAUAUCGGAGGAGGAGGUUUAAGAAAAGGUGUGCUCGGGGGAACAACAACAACGAACUUUUCUCCUUCUUCCUUCUUGAAUCAUCAUCAUCGGAAUUACAACAACAACAACAACAACAACAACAACAACAACAACAGGAGCAGAGGAGAAAAAAGACGACAAUUCUCCACGAAAGUGACUUUACCAGAUUUACCGUACGAUUUCUCCGCGUUAGAACCCAUCAUCGACGCGCAAAUCAUGGAGAUUCAUCACUCGAAACAUCACAACACGUACGUGACCAAUCUGAACGUGACUUUGGAGAAACUCGCCGAGGCUGAAGCGAAGAACGACGUCGCCGCCAUGAUCGCGUUGCAACCAAACUUGAAAUUUAACGGAGGCGGACACGAAAAUCACUCCUUGUUUUGGAAAGUCUUACAACCGAAGAAGGAGUAUUCCGACCCGUCUGGCGAGUUGAAACGAAUGAUCGAAAGAGACUUUGGCUCGUUCGAGAACAUGAAGCAAAAAUUCGCGUCCCAAACGGUGGCGGUGCAAGGCAGCGGAUGGGGCUGGCUCGGUCUCAAUAAAGAGACGAAAACGUUGCACGUGGUGACAACCGCAAACCAAGAUCCGUGCAUAACGACUGGUUUGGUGCCUGUUUUCGGCGUGGACGUUUGGGAACACGCGUAUUACUUGCAAUACAAAAACUUGCGUCCGGAUUACGUUAACAAAGUCUGGGAAAUCGUAAACUGGAAACAAGUCGAAGAGAAUUUGGUCAAAGCUUUGAUGUAA